UGGAUUCUUAGUUUGAUUUAUUGACCUGGGCCGGAUCCUGGGCCUGUAUUUCAGGAAAAACCCAGGAAGUUCAAAAGAUGCCUGGACCUGGACUCUGGGUACAGGAAAACCCAGGCCUUGGUCCAGACCCAGGCCAAUCUCUAAUACUAACCGAAGGACCGAAGAUUUUCUAUAAACCAACAAAUUGGAAAGGUUACUCCGAUUCGGAUAAACAAUAAGCCAUUCGAAGAAGCUUUUCGAGGGGAGUCGAAUGGUAUCAAAAUCUAUUUAGAUAGAGUUAUGUGUUAAAAAUAAGCUAUUACCCCGUUUUAGAGUAGGCAAGACGGGGAAUUUUUACCAGAAAUAUCCACAGAUUUUUUAUUUUUUCUCAAAUUUUUAGAUAUUUAUUUUGAAUUAAAAAGACUAUCAAAAAUCUACAGUUUGUUAGAAAAGUAGCUUUAAUGAUCUCCUUUUCUAUUUUUAAUUUUUUGUUAAUUAUUAGCGCAAGUUUUUUGGUUAAGGCUAGUAUAAAGCCUUCUCCUCCUUUUGAAAAUACUCUUAAUGAUGAUCUUAUUGAAGAGGAAGAUAAUGUUUUGGUUUUGACAAAGGAUAAUUUCAAAUCUGCCAUUGAAAACAACACUUAUGUUUUUAUACACUUUUAUGCGCCGUGGUGUAGCGAAUGUAAAGUUUCUGCACCUGAGUUUGCAAAGGUAGCUACUCUAUUGAAGGAAGUAAAGUCGCCUAUCAAGCUAGGCAAAGUUGAUGCCUCAAUUCAUACAGAACUUGCUUCUAUUUAUGAAGUCUGCCGUUAUCCUACAGCGAAACUCUUCAUAAAUGGCAAGGAUAGCUAUGAUGCUGAAGGGGAUUGUGAUGCUGCUUCCGUUCUUGAUUGGCUUAAGAAGAAGACUAAGCCUCCAGUUAAGGAAAUCACUUCUAUCGAUGAGCUUAAAGAAUUCCGGGAUUCUGCAGAAAUUGUCACCGUUGCUCAUUUCAGUGAUAAGGACUCGAAGGAUGCCAAAGCCUAUUUGAAACUUAACUCAGAUUAUACUCUUCCCUUUGCGGUUAUUUAUGAUUCUGCUGUUGCUAAAGACGCUAAUAUCAAAGACAAAGAUGUACAUAUAUACAAGCCUGGAGGAACAGAGGAAACUUGUUCCGUUUCUUAA